CAUACGACCUACGUUUCUUGCACACGUAGAACCUCCGAACACACAAUGGCGUCCAAACCGAUCUUGGCCGGCGUCGUCCUCCUGAUCGCCAUCGCCGCCGCGGCAGUCACACCGGCAUCCACGGCCGGAGCGAACCCCGUCGCCAUCGGCGAUGGCUCCGACGAGGCGGCAACGACAUGCGUGCCGACGCUUGAACGGCUGCUGUCGUGCCUGGACUUCAUCGAGCACCGCACCGACGCGAUCCCGCUGCCCUGCUGCGUCCAGGUGAACACCACGGUCGCCCAGCAGCCGUGCUGCCUCAUGCAUGUCCUGCGCGGCGACGUCGCGCGGCUCAUGGGGCCGGACUUCGACAGCGCCCGCGCCAUGGUCAACGUCACCUCCAGGUGCCUCGGCGACGGCUCCAUCCUCAUGUCCAUCACUCGUUCGUGCGCAGGCAAGCCGCUUCCGCCGCUGACGCCUGAAUAUCCCUUCACUGCCGCGUUGCCGCCGCCGCCGCCGUCAUCCUCAGGGGCAGGACGGCUGGAAGCCUUGUCUUACACCGUAUUGCUAGUUGCACUCGUUGCAAGCUUCUUGUGAUCGGUCGGCAAACUGGCGACCAGCUGGCUGUGGUUGGAUGUGGAACAAAUCUGUACCUGUUUGAUUUUGAACGAAAUAUAGUUAAUUCUUCUGUUUCUCGGUCUUUCUUUACCCUAUGUUUAUCACGAUGGUUAUAUGUAAGUCGCAUGAAAUUACAA